AUAAAUAUAUCUUAACCUAAAAAAAAACAACCUUCUUGGCUAUCGUUCCCUGUAGUCUCCGUCUAUAAAUAAUACAGCCCUUCACGUGGCUCCGCUGCUCCGGGUGCAAACCUCAACGCCUGUGUUUUUAAGUUUUUCGAAAUUUAAUAAUCAAAUAUAAUUUCAAAUAAUCAGACAGCUACUUCUCCUUUCUCUCUGAGCACCCUACCCCUCUCCACGAUCUCAUCCCCUCCUCUCCAAGCCCUGAACAGCGGCCUGACUCUUUCACUUCCAUUACUGUCAUUUCUCUUUCUCCCCCGUCCCUUCACUCUCUCCCUUCUCUCUUUCUUUCUCAGGAGUCGAGGCGCGAUGGGAGAGAAAGUGGGAAGAGGCGGAGGAGCAGUAAUGGCGGACGAACUGGGGGAAGGAAUGCAGUGCAGUGACCAUCCUUACCGCAACAACCCCGGCGGAAUCUGCGCCUUCUGCCUUCAGGAGAAGCUGGGCAAGCUCGUCUCCUCUUCCAAAUUCUCCGACCCCUUCUUCUCUAUUCCUCCACCUCCCUCCUCUUCCUCCUCUCCCCCUUCCUUCCCCUCCUCUGAUCUUCCGGCUCUUCCCUCAUCCAACCGCAUGUCCUUCCUCUCCUCCAAACACCGCCGUCGUAAAAUGAAAACUCACUCCCCCACUAACGCUGCGGCCGCGGAUCGAAACGCCGAAUCGGCUACACUCAAUCGAAGCAAAUCAGUCGUUCCGCGACCCCGUGGGGAGAUUGCUGAUGCAUCAGACAGUCCUCGGAAGAAGAGCUUCUGGUCAUUCCUCACCCUCACCUACUCUUCAUCCACUUCUUCCGCCCCAAUCCCGACCUCCUUCAUCUCCAAGCGCAGAUCCACCUCUUCAGCCUCUUCCUCGUCCGCCGUCGCCGGCAACUGUGUAUCAGAAAUUCCGAAGGUCGCUAAGGAUGACGAAGUCUCCGCAGGAAACGAUGAUGCCAGCCCAAGUGGAAGCCAGGCUUCGUCCUCGUUCGGGCGUAAGGUGGCCAGAUCCAGAUCGGUGGGGUGCGGGAGCCGAAGCUUUUCCGGCGAUUUUCUCGAGCGGAUCUCCAAUGGAUUCGGCGACUGCACUCUCCGGCGGGUGGAAUCUCACCGAGAAUCUAAGCAAAAGGUCUCCAUCCACCGCGGCGACCGCCACGAAGACGACGACGACGAGCAACGUAUCAAGGAGCGAAUCAAGUGCGGCGGCAUCUUCGUUGGUCUCGGUAUGACCACCUACUGGCUUUCCGCCACAGCGGCAGCGGAUGCGUGCGGUGACACCGUCCCCUUACCUGCGGCGCGGCGUGCCAGCGCACCUCAUGGCCGGAACAAGAGCUGGGGCUGGGCCUUUGCAAGCCCGAUGAGGGCGUUUAGGCCUGGAGGCGGAGGCGGAGGCGGAGGCGGUCAUACCACCAUCAUCGCCACCGGAGGUGAUACCGCCGGCGGCAACCGAAUCCAUCGAUGUUAGUUUUCAGAGAGCAGUAGCAGCAGCAUUUUCCCCGCCCCGCCCUUACCUUUCCACUUCCGUUCGCUUUUAUUUUUACGUUUUUUUAACUUUUUCUUCUUACAGGCUACACUUUUACGAACACUUCCAUUUCUCCUUUCUUCACUGCUUCUGCUGUCUACUGGGCAGCGUAGCAUUUAUCAAUUCAUUGUAAGGACUAUCAGUGGUAAAUUUGUAAUUUUUAUAUUACUGCGUUUCUCAU